CAGAAUUUCUAUCCGUCGAGUAAGAUUCUCUCGCCAAGCACAGAAGAGUAGAGGCUGCAGAAUCAGGCGAUGGAUUCCAUUCCGCCGCCACGAAACGACGGCGACAAGCCGGACGACGGUUUUGUGUCUGUCAACGUCGCGGAACUCGUCGCCGCAGCGGACCGUCCUCCAGCAACUCCAAGAUCUAUGAUAAAGAGCUUGUCGAGGAAAGGAGGACCACCAAGAAGCGGUGGCGUCGGAGGAGAAGCAGUCGCCGUCGCCCCUGAAGAAGGGUCCAGCGCGAAGGAUAAGCCGCUCUACGUGGCCGUCGAAAGGGAGGCCGAGGCCGCGGCCGCCGUAAACAGAUACAGACGAGCUGCCACCGUGCGGCGGCCGGCUGCAUGGCGUGAUCCCAGAAGAGUGCUUUUGGUCUUCGCUUCCUUGUCUUGCAUGGGGACGCUGAUACUCCUCUACUUCACUCUCACGAUGAGCAGGAUGAACGCCGGCACCAGCGCCGACGAGGACGAUCCCAGGUGACGCGCCGCCCUCAGGAUUCCACACCACCAUUCGGGCACACUCCACCACUCCACCAAAAGUUUCCCUUUUUCUUUCUUUUUGGCGGAUAAAGAAUAAACACAGAAAACAUGUGUGAUAUUAUUCCACUAGUUGCUUGCGGACCCGCGAGGAGUGGGCGUCUCCCGCGAGAUAAGGAAAGAGCAUGUAGGGUUUGCAGAAAGGAGAUUAGCUGAACGUGUAAGCAAGAUACAUAAAAAGGUGUGAACUUAAAGAGGCAUGUGCCAUGUGUUGAAUUCAAUUGUAUGUCAAUUGAAUUACCUACUCAAUUUGUUAUGUUU